AUGAAGGAUGCCCUCCAGUCUAGUGGUGGAAUACAAGGUGUUCGAGUGGUAGCAAUGCAAACUAUCCACAGUUCAUCCAGCGACCAAAGAAAAAUCCCUAACAUCAACAAGUUAAACAACUUUCAAUUUGAUGGCGAAAGCAUAACAGCAUGGCGGUCAUAUGGUAUUGGAAAGGGCAAAGAAGUAGAGCCGGUGAACCCCUUGGAAGGUUAGUUUUUUAAUAAAACACGUUUAUCUAGCAGGACAGUUCUGAUAUUGAUCCGAUAUUUAUUACAGAUUCUAACUACAAUUGGCUGGAGUCCACUUUUACUCCAGGAAGAUUUAAACGAAUUGAAAGAAAGAAACCUGGCGGUGCUGCAACAAACAAACCAGAAAACGCAGACGAAGAAGAACCACUAGUACAAGAACAAGAAGAUCAGAUCAAUACCAGUUCCGCUUCCGGGUUUUACUCGUGCCCACAUGAUGGUUGCGUACGGGUCUUUCAGAGGCUUUUUGCAUUAGAGAAACAUCUUUCCUUGGAGAA